CUUUUUUUUCUUUCCUCUCUUCCUCGUGCCAAAGAAAAAAAAAAGUCGUCCGAGUUUUUUAUCUUAUCGAGAAAAAUAAAUAAAUAAAUCAAAGGGAAGAGAAAAUCGCGGAGGAAGAAAAAAAAAAGAAAGACAAAUUGUCCUGAGAUUUUCCAAGUUUCUAGAGAGAGAGAAAAAGGAAGUUUGUAAGAAAGAGAGAGAGAGAAAAGUUGUCUUUUUUUCUUUUUGUUUUACGUUGAAUCGCCAUUUACGCCAUUGAUUGAUUCAAGCUUAAGUGCGUUGAAGCAAAAAGAGGUUUAGCAAAAAUAAACAAAAAAAAUGGGUGAUACAGACACUGAUAUGAUCCACACACUCCAUUCAUCAUUUUCCACCACUUCAAUCCCCAAACAUCACUCUAAUCACAUCCAAUUCUCAACUGACACUACCAGCACCAAACGACUCGGUGUCCCUCCUCCUUCUCCCUACUCUCAGAUCCAAAACAUCAACCCUGGAGGAGCAGCAGGAGCUACUCAUUCCCGCUCAAUGUCACAACCUUCCUCUUUCUUCUCCUUUGACUCCUUACCUCCCUUAAGCCCUUUCCGCGAUCACAACAACAACAACAACAACCAUUCUCCGUACACGAGAUGUAACUCACUCGUUACCGGAGAGAGUUGUCUACCUCCAAGAAAGUCUCAUAGACGCUCCAACAGUGAUAUCCCAAUCUGUUUCCCUCCAAUUUCCGGCGGGGAAUCUCCAACUCCUUAUGUCAAGAAGGAAGAAGCCAUGGAUGAUGAUCUCUUCUCAGCUUAUAUGAAUCUUGAAACCAUCGAUGCCUUAAACUCUUCCGAAACUGCUGAUGAGAACAAUGUCAAGAACAACGGGAAAGAUGAGAGUAGAGCAAGCGGAGGAACAAGUGAUGAUACAGAGGGAGAUAGCAGUAGUGUCAAUUACGAGAGUGGUGACAAUACCUUGAAAAGAAGAGCAAUAGGAGGAGGAGACAUUGCUCCUACGACGAAUAGACAUUACAGAAGUGUUUCGGUUGAUAGUUGUUUCAUGGAGAAAUUUUCUUUUGGUGAAGAGUCGUCACUAAAGCCUCCUCUUUCUCCUGGAACUGUGUCACGGAAAGUCUCUCCUACUAACUCUGUUGUUGAUGGUGGUGCUGCUGCUUUUAGUAUUGAGUUUAAGAACGGUGAGUUUACUGCAGCGGAGAUGAAGAAGAUUAUGGCUAAUGAUAAAUUAACUGAGAUGGCCAUGUCUGACCCUAAGCGUGUCAAAAGGAUAUUGGCGAAUCGUCAGUCUGCAGCGAGGUCAAAGGAGAGGAAGAUGCGGUAUAUAGUUGAAUUGGAACAUAAAGUGCAGACUCUUCAGACUGAGGCUACUACAUUGUCUGCUCAGUUCACGCUUUUGCAGAGAGAUAUGAUGGGGUUGACAAACGAGAACAAUGAGCUCAAGUUUCGUCUUCAAGCAAUGGAGCAGCAAGCUCAGCUUCGCGAUGCUCUGAAUGAAGCAUUGAAUGGGGAAGUCCAGAGACUGAAAUUGGCAAAUGGUGAGACCAGACACAACGAAUCUGAUAGAUUAAAGAUGAAAUCACUUAACGCUGAGAUGUUCCAGCAACUCCACAUCAGCCAGUUAACACAGCAGCCACAGUCUCAGCACAGCCAUAAUGGAACCAUGUCAGCAAAACCGGAAUCAAAUGAAUUAUAGAGCAGAUAAGUUGUUGACUUGGUGGCUGGAUCAAAGGGUUGGAGUCUUUGGUUUUCAAGUUACAUAUCAAUUAAUCAAAUAUUAUAUUUUUAUUUAUGUGCAGUCUGUUGAAAUUUCAUUAUAUCAUAUAUAUGGCGCAAGUUCAAAGAAAUUUAAUUUUACAGUAUUUUAUCUUGUAAAUUUGUAAUGGAGGCUCACGGGUUUGAGCUUGAGACAAAGAGAUUCUCUGUUCGUUUUUAUACCGUUUGGAUUUUGUCUCUUUGUCGAAUGUUAAGCAUCUCCAAAAGACACUCUAUAACUUCAAAUAUGAAGUUUUU